GAUACCCAGCCCGGUCCAAUCCCGUACAAGUACUACAUGAGUACAUUCCCACCGAAUGGAUGAAGACGGAUAUAUAGAGCGCAAAGGCCUACCAGGUCAAAGCAACGUGUGAUCGUCGCUUUGCUCAUUCAUUGAUUUUUCGUGCUUCGUUGGAUCAACGGAGCGUCUCUCUCCUGGUUUGCUCGUUUUUUUCGUCGAUCGCCAUGGCUAAGAGCUCCUUCAAGUUGGAACACCCGCUCGAGAGGCGUCAGGCAGAAGCAUCUCGCAUCAGAGAGAAGUAUCCCGAUAGAAUUCCUGUCAUUGUGGAGAAGGCUGAAAGAAGUGACAUUCCAGACAUUGACAAGAAGAAGUAUCUUGUUCCUGCUGAUCUGACUGUUGGGCAAUUUGUCUAUGUUGUCCGAAAGAGGAUAAAGUUAAGUGCUGAGAAGGCCAUUUUUAUCUUUGUGAAGAACAUCCUUCCUCCUACUGCUGCUAUGAUGUCCUCAAUUUAUGAGGAAAACAAGGAUGAGGAUGGCUUCCUCUACAUGACUUACAGUGGAGAAAACACCUUUGGCUCCUCCUAAAUCAGCCAGCAGUUGAAAAGCUGCAGACUUUGUAAAUUAAUCUAAAGACGCAUUUGUAAAUCCUCAUUAGCUCUUUCUUGUGUGACUUGUGUGUAUUGUGUUCAAAUGUCUUGAACUUAAGAACUCAAGGGUGAGCGCAAAAGUGGUAUUAUCAUGUCUCAAAAGAGUGUGUUUCUAAUAUUAAAAGGGUGCUCUCUAGCCUCUCUGAUCCUCUCUUAUGUUCAUCUUACGAGAGUAUUUUUCUAUUUUAGUCCUAUACUUCUAUUUUAUAAAAUUUAAAGACGUCAAAUAACUCUGGCAUGUGUAUGUGUGUGUAAAGAGACCUCUACGGUAUUCAAUGCUGCCUGGAAAACAAGUAACCACGUGAUUGAAGUAAAUAUUUUAAAGCAUUAUUGCAAGAAAUCUCACAAAA